AUACCUAUGGCAUAUGGAAUUAUGGAUGGCGUUCACUGACUUCACGCUAUAAUCAAUUAUAGAAUUACCGCUCAUAAUUAGCUACUCUACUUGGCAAAAUUGAAAAAAUCAGAAAGAUACAUGGAAGGAAAAUCAUGGUCAACAAGAGAGAAGUACAGCCAAGCGUGUGAUUCAAUGUUACUGGCUUACUGCUAGUACAGCCGCGAUACUACGAAUUUUUCACCAGGGGUUUAAACAAGGUGGAGUCUUUCAUUUACUACACAAACAUAUCAGAUGAAUGUGACUCUCAAGAUGAAGCUACUGGAGUAGGAGAAGAACUAGGCAGUCUAGGCUCUGGUAUAUGUUGUUGACUGUUGUUACUUGGACGACCUUCAGUACAACUAAUGCCAGAUUUUCAUCGGCUUCUCUCUAGAACAAGAAUCACAACGAACCUUCACAAACAAAGAGAAAGAAUCAGAACUUUCCCAAACAGAGGGCAAGAACUCAAUGAAAAGAUAAGUUCUCUAUCUUUGCCAUUAUUGUUGAUAUACAAUUUAGAACUUGAAAUUGUGUACAAUGACUUGAAUUUUGGUCUGCUAUUGUUGAGAUCAAUGUAUGUUUACAUCAAAUGAAUAUACCUUUAUCAUUUUGGGGUUAGAUUAAUCAAUGAAUGUUAGGUAGGAAAGCACAUAUCGAUAAUGCACAUAGAGUGUUUGAUAAUAUGCUUCAAUGAAAUCCCUGCAUCUCCAACGUUUUGCGUCAAGUAUUUCAAUCUGAUUUUGCACCCAAAAUAAGGUUUUCAUUGUCCAACAUCUGCAUUCUCUUUUCUUUUCUGACUAGUGAGAACAUCAAGCUAGUGUUAUGUGUGCCUAGGUAGCACCACUAUUGAAAUCAAUAUGGUAUUAAUGUGGUAGGGUGACUUGAGUUCACCUACUAUUCUAUUGGAUAAUAAUCACUAAACCAAGUCUCAUUGGUCUUUAGAAAUUCCAAUCACAGCAUAUUACUACAAUAUGACAUUAAUUUUCUUGAAGUUCCUUAUUAUUUGAUGGGAUCAAUUAAGCAUUUAUUUGGACCUGUUGUUUGCACAUUAAUCAUUCAACAAACUGCUCAGGAGAAAUUCAUUUGCUAUUUAGACACCCAUGAUUUGUGCACUCUCUAAGCAACCAUGUGUACUCAGGAGCAAAUGCACUCAGAUUAUCUGUGAAGUUACUCUAGUACUCAGGAGCAAAUGCACUCAGAUUAUCUGUGAAGUUACUCUAGUACUAAGAGGGCUGGCAGAGGCAUCCUCCGGAAGUCACGGAGCAUUCAAACCUUGAUCGGCCGCGAGUUCUGCCGACCGACUUGAGCUGGCUACAUAUGCAGAAGCUGCCAGAGGAGUAGAUACGCUAGCAGUUGCGCCAGUUCUACGCUGAUAAACAGCUUCAGUAUUAUCAUCGCGAGCCAUGACGGUAGCAAUUGAAUCGCUGUCGUCACCUGAAUUAAUAACAGGAGGGUUAGGAGUUGCAAACUCCUGCAAGCGGUCGUAAAAAUCAGACGACACCCUAACUCCGGCAUCCGCUAGGCUAUCUAGCCAAGCAUGCUCUCUAAGAGGGGUGACAUCAAGGCCAGGAACGGCAUCGGCUGGCGGAUGUCUACGGGACCGUCUAGCAAGGAUCUGGUGCCUAAGUAUUCUAAGCAUAGGCCCUAAGAGGCUCAUUUACUCUAUUUAACCUAAUAAGUCACUAUUAUAGAUAAGGGACUUAUGGUCAAGGUAAAGGGAUCUCUCUACCCUCUCUACAAAUUACCCUACUUUCUCCCCUUAUAUUUAUCCAUCUUUGGGUACUGACUUGAGCGUCCGAGGCUCCGCCAUGGGGACCCCAGACCCCACCCCAUGUUUGGAGUUCAUAUUGCAGGCACAUCUUACCGGCGAGGUUCAAGGACUAUUAUACAUGACGACCUCGUAAUAUCAGGAGUUGGUCCGAAGAAGUUCAAACUCAAGGAUCUCAAGGCUGCUACAGGGAAUUUCAAUAAGAAAAAUGAACUUGGGAGAGGAGGCUUUGGCAUAGUUUUUAAAGGAACUUUGGGGGGACAACUAGUGGCGGUAAAAAGAAUAAAAAACGACACACCAAAAGGAAUGGAAAAUCUGAUUGCUGAAGUCACCACGAUUGGUAGCCUUCAUCAUAAGAAUAUUGUAGAACUAAUUGGAUGGUGUUAUGAGAGAAACGAGCUCCUCUUAGUAUACGAGUAUAUGCACAACAGAAGUUUAGACACAUUGCUAUAUAACGACGAAGGGAACUUAAGCAAGGAGACUUAUGAUAUAAAGAUAAGUUGGUAUAAGAGAUAUAACAUUCUCUGUGGCGUUGCCCAAGCUUUGGAUUAUCUUCACAAUGAGUGCUUAAGAAGAAUUAGUGUAUUACACAGGGAUAUAAAAGCCAGCAACAUAAUGUUGGAUUUCGAGUUUAAUGCAAGACUUGGAGAUUUUGGACUAGCUCGAAUGUUUAAACUAAGUGAGAAGACUCAUCAUUCAACAAAAGAAAUUGCCGGAACACCUGGGUACAUGGCACCAGAGAUCUUUCUCACCGGUAAAACAACAACAGAAACAGAUGUAUUUGCAUUUGGUGUUCUGGCACUAGUGCUAACCUCUGGGAAAAGAACAGGAAUUCGAUGGGAAAAUGAAUAUGUUGACAAUAUAAUUGAUUGGGUAUGGAAACUUUAUUCAUCAGAGUCGAUUACCAGUGCUAUAGACCUUAAAUUGAAGGGGAAUUGUGAUGAAAAGCAAGCAAAUUGUAUGCUUCUAUUGGGGUUAGCUUGUUGCCAUCCAAAUCCAACCAUGAGGCCAUCUAUAAGAUAUGUUCUGCAGGUUUUGAUAGGUGAAGCAAGUCUACCAUCAGUCCCUAUCGAGAAGCCUGCCUUCGUAUGGCCAGCGCCUUCCCCAUCUUUCACCUCUAAUGAUUCUUGUGGCGGAGGAAUGCUAAGUACAAUGUCUAGCCUCAGUGGAAGGUGA